AUGUCUGAUUUCGUGGCUACUGGAUUGCUUCCAUCUGUUGUCUUCUACUCUUCAUCCUCUGACUCAUGGGCUACUUUCAGAUUAUUACGAGCCGCGCGGGACGCAGAGAAUGCUCAAUCGCAACACUAUGUUGCCUUUAUCGAGGCGGUCAGACAGGAACAUGCCCAAGAAGCCGAGGAUCAAAUCCACUCCGACGAACUCAAAACUCAGCUCAUUGCCGAAAUCAAUGGUGAUUGCGAAAAGGUGCUUAAGGUUCUCGAGGCCGCCCAGACCCUCGGAGAGAUAAGUGCUCGCUGUGUAGACAAGGUCAUCAGCACCGGAGAAAAGCUCAGCUGUCGAUUGAUGGCCGCCCUCCUUCAAGACCGGGGGGUGGAUUCGCAGUACGUGGAUUUGGCCGAGGUCAUCGACUUUCCCAUCUCGAGUCAAGGCCUCGACCAAGGAUUCUAUGACAAUCUCGCCGCUGCCCUGAGCAGAAAGAUCGGAUCCUGCGAGGGGAAAGUUCCAGUCAUCACCGGGUUCUUUGGAACCGUGCCCGGCGGUCUUCUCGACCAGGUGGGCCGUGGAUACACGGAUCUCUGUGCCGCUCUAGUAGCCGUGGGAAUCCAUGCUCAAGAAUUACAGGUGUGGAAGGAAGUCGAUGGCAUAUUCACUGCCGAUCCCCGGAAGGUGCCAACUGCGCGCCUUCUGUCUGCCAUUACGCCUGCGGAAGCAGCCGAGUUGACAUUCUACGGCUCAGAAGUCAUCCACCCUUUUACAAUGGAGCAGGUCAUACGAGCCAAGAUCCCAAUUCGCAUCAAAAAUGUCAUGAACCCCAAAGGCAACGGCACUGUCAUCUUUCCCGACUCUACCUAUGAGCUGGAAAAGACGGCCCCCGGACAUGACCCCCGAUUAUUCCGGACAAGAAGCCCUAGUCUGAUGCAAAGACCGAAGCGCCCGACUGCUGUGACCAUCAAGCAUAAAAUCUUGGUGAUCAAUGUACAUUCCAACAAGCGUUCCCUGUCUCACGGAUUUUUCGCCGGAAUAUUUUCCGUCCUUGAUCGGUGGAGGCUUUCGAUUGAUCUGAUAUCCACCAGUGAAGUGCACGUGUCCAUGGCACUCCACUCCGAAAUACCGCUCCUCAACGGGGUUGGCAGGGAUGAGUACCAGGUGAUUGAUGACGACCUCAAGGGCGCCUUGCAUGAUCUGCAGAGAUAUGGGACGGUUGAUAUUAUCCCCGAGAUGGCUAUCCUCAGUCUGGUCGGCAAACAAAUGAAGAACAUGAUUGGGGUCGCCGGCCGGAUGUUUACUACUCUUGGGGAAAACAACGUAAAUAUCGAGAUGAUCUCCCAAGGUAAGUACUUUCUUCAUCCCGUCCUGCAUGGUCUAGAAGCUAAUGGAUGA